UUUUUGGUGUCAGAAGAUAAAACGAUUUUUUUCCCGUGUACGUAUGACUAAUAAUGACGCAGUUAUCUGUUUUUAUUGCAUAGCUUACUUUUCCCGUUUAUUAAAAUAACUCACUUAACUUUUCAAAAAUACGCAAAGUAGUAACAUUCACACGACAAGCCCAUCCCAAGUAACAUAAAUGUCUUCCAAGAUUUCAACAAUGGCCCUAAUUGGAUUUCUUGUACUAGUCAUAGCCACUUUUGGAAGCGUGUCAGGUCUAGAACCCUCAUUACUUGAUGUCACUGCAAUCGUCUGCCCAGCAGAAAAGCCAUACAUCUGUUUGCCGUACGGUGUCUGCUGCGGGGGAGAUCAGUUCUGCUUCCAGGGCUCCUGCGAAUCUUGUUUCCCAGCAGACGUCUCGGAGGAGAGCCUCUUAUUAAAGUGGUGUCAGGAGAAAGGUCUGCAAGACGUCUCCGUCAUGAGGCAUCGCUCUUGUGCACUGGCUUGCUACGCUCGUUUCAAUUCUUCCGUUCUUCAAACACAUAAAGAUAAAGAAGAAGAGACAUACUUCACCGAUAGGACUAUAAUUAUAGCAGCCACAGCCAGCGUGAUAUUCAUUCAAUUUGUUGUGAUUGUGAUAUUGAUCAAGUGUUUGGUGAGUCCACGAAGACGAGUUGAAGAGAACAGAGCUAGAGAGGAGUCCACAAAAACAGUUGAAGCAUCGAAUCAAAUCAAUGAGAUGAUGGAACAGCCAACAGAUGUAGAUACGCCCAUGGAUCGCAUGAGAGCUAUAAUACAACUAUCCCAUCCAGAAAGCAUUGAAGAGACAAUACCACUAACCGACAUCACAAUAAACCCUUAACUAAAGCCAGCAAUUUCAUCGUGCUGCCAAGAGGCUGUGUAUUUCUUAUAUCGUUGGAGACUCUUGCUGAUGUUGCACCCUCUCGUUCUGCGACACACACACACACACACACACACAACGCUGCGACACACACAUUGAGGAUGCAUUGUCUCUCUCUUGUUGAAGCAUCGCAAGUUCAGAAUGCAGAGGCGUGGAAACUGCCUGGAAGUGCCUGGACGCUCAUAGAGUUUAACCUCUUUUUUGAUUGGUUGUGAUGUUAGUAUUAUGAUGUUGUAAUGGCUCUAAGUAGGUCAAUAACCUAAUGCCACACAUUCAGCAUUUAAUUUCAUUUUAAUGAGAACUCAUUCCCCACUAUGAUGUAAUGUUUCAUUGUUUCACAUUGAUGUUAUUUUAAAAUCAAUUAUCAAUUGAUGUUAUCAUAUUAUUAAAUUAUGCAAAUAUUUGAAUCUCGAUUAAUUGUUAGAAAAAUUGCUCUGAAUUCUUUUUUUUUUUUAAAUUACCCAAAUUACACAAUUUAGAUUUAUAUACUGGCAAUUUACGUGUAACAUUUUUACUAAUUAGGCAAAAAAAAUAUCUAGGCCUGUAAGAGUACAGUACACUCCCAACAAGCUAUUUCAAUAGAUUGGAUAAUUACAAUAAUAUACAAUUACUUCCAUCUAAUAAGCGCUAUGAGCACAUGUAUAAGAGUGAAACUGUUCUGGGUUUAAAAAAAACAAAAACCGUGAAGUUAAUGAAUAAAUAUUUCAAAGUUAGCAGGACAACAAAAGUUACAAUAAGACAGCUCUAGUUUGUGUUUUACUAAGGACAGCAAUCACUUUAAGAGACGAAAGUAUCGACGCUAUUAACGAUUCUUUGCAUAUAGUACUUGAGUCGCGGUUGAAGAAUCUGAGUUUGUGUGUAAGUUUGCAUGUAUGCAUACAAACAUGCAUAUAUAACGUUAUAUAUAUGUAUAAGUAUGUGUUUGCUAGAGAGAGAGAAAGAAGUAUGUCCGUUAGCAGUGUCAAGAUCCUGUAUCGAAUUAGUAAACAAUGCAUACCAUGUUUCCCCUCCGCAUCUGUGUUUACUGUGUAGAUAGAGCGAGCGGUGUGAUUAUAAAUACUGUGAUGUUAUUGGUAUCAAUGCCUAGAAAUGUUUUAACGGAUGGCAAGAAACUUCUCUUUAGAUAAAAUUUUUCAAUGUGAUAUUAUUUAUUUAGAAUUAAUUUUUUAAAUAUAUAUGCAUAUGUUACUUUUACAUAUAUAUU